CAGGGAAAAGUAAAAAUGUAGCACAAAUAGUAAUUUUUUAAAAUUAAGGUGUGUGAAGACUCCAAUCAGUAGGGAUAAAGGAAAAUUCACAGAAAAGUCUCCUCCAAGUCGAUCGCAGCGCCGCAGCGGGAGCCACGAGCAUGAUCCAGACGGUUCCUCUCAGCCCUAUAGGGACGAUCGUGGUCUUUUCCUCUUAUUCUGUGCUUCUACUCUACUUCAAUCUAAGUUGCUGACUUGCUGAAGGCCUACUGUACUGUCAGGUCCAAAUAAAUGGUUAGAAACACUUGUUAAUUUUUUCGAUAUUGAGUGUAACAGGAACAACAAAAUGAGGCGAGACGUGACCUUCGUCUUCAUGUUUUUCCUGUUCUCGAUUUGGUACGGCCAAGUCACCUCUGAAACUGCCGAUAAUGAGUUGUUCCAUGAUUCUGAAGCUCAACACCACAGCAUUUGGUCACCGAAAGCAUUAGCCAAAAGCAGCAAAGAUGAACAGGGCCACUGUGUCUGGUAUGGCACCUGCAGCGACUGUGAAUAUGCCUACAAUUAUGCCUACUCAGGUGAAGCUAUGCCAAUAGCCAACACUGAUCAUGCAGCACUCUAUUCAGUGUGUCCUGAACUCUUUGAACAAUUUGGUCCUGGAGAAGAACCACAUUUUUGCUGUGAUUCAAGGCAAAUCAACGAUUUGAUUGUUAACUUUGGGCAGGCCCUCAAUUUGGUGGGACGAUGCCCGAGUUGCGCCCGCAACUUGCGGAUGAUCUUUUGUACUAUGACCUGCGAUCCGCAUCACAGUCGAUUCCUCUCGUACAACACGACAGAAGAGCACUCAAAUCCUGAACCGGUUACGAAUUCUACCGUAGUCGUCAAAGCGUUGGAAUAUUACAUCUCCGAUACUUAUGUGACUGAGAUGUACGACUCGUGCAAGGAAGUUACAAAUCCUUCUUCAAACAGUCUUGUUAUGCCAACCAUUUGUGGCCAGUGGGGCGAAGACUGCUCUCCUCGCAGAUUGUUGGAUUUCAUGGGACUUGGAAUGGCUAAUCAAGGAUUCUCGCCCUUUGACAUCUACUUCCAGUACAUUCCUGACGGAGAGACUGUCACCGAUGUUGUCGAACCUUUUGCUCCUCCAGCUAUCCCUUGCUACGAAGUUAUUAGUAACUCGAGUGGAACCUGCUCUUGCGUCGAUUGUACUGGCAGUUGUCCGGUACCUAAGCCGUGGCCGCCUCUGCCUGAGCCGUGGACCAUCGGUUCCAUGUAUGGCGUCUCUUUCGUCAUGUUGAUGGUCUUCCUCGCAGUUUCCGGCACCUUCUUGGUGACUGUUUUCUGGAAGUGGCACGUGGACCAAGUCGUCAUUCUUGACGACGGGCUGGAGACGAUCAGCCGAGGGUGGGAUUCGGUGGGGAGGCGCCUUGCCGGCGCCGCCACUCAUACCCUUUCGCUACCAGCACUCGACGACGAAAUAGAACCACUGCACCCACCUAAAACCACCACUGCAACUCCCACUUCGGCGACACAAGCUUCUUCUGGCCAAGGACCAGCUCAACACCUAAACAAUCAUUCGCGCGGAGUCAAACGUCGUUCGUUGCAGCCUACCAUCUCUACCACGUCAUCGACUGACUCCCAGUAUGAAUACGUCGAGGGAUCUUUUAUGGAACGAGCUGGAGCAUCGAUGGAAAAGGCUUUGGAAUCCUUCUUCACCGCUUGGGGAACUUUCUGUGCCAGGUGGCCGUGGAUGGUGCUCAUUUUCGGUUUGUCGGUUGCCGCCGCCCUAACAGUGGGCGUUGUCUUCCUUGAAGUGACGAUCGAUCCCGUUGAGUUGUGGGCUUCCCCGGAGAGUCGCUCUCGUCAAGAAAAGGAUUAUUUUGACAAAAGUUUCACCCCGUUCUUCCGUACCGAACAAGUUAUCCUUCACGCCGAAGGAAUUGAGGGCUUUGACUAUGAAACACUGUCGGGGACUAAAAGGUUUGGACCCGCAUUUCAACUAGACUUUCUUCUAGAAGUUUUGCACUUGCAACACGAUAUCGAAGCGUUGAUGGGAGAUAACGGCACACAUUUGAAUGACAUUUGCUACAUGCCCAUGAAACCCGAUGUCAAUGAAUGUACCAUCCAAAGCGUGCUGGGCUGGUGGCAGGGUCGUGAAGACUAUUUGCUGAAAUCAGUUGUAGGAACAACGAAUGGUUACAACUACACGUAUUUGGAUCACGCCAUUUACUGCUCCAAAAAUCCAUUGAUGCCCUACGAUAAUAACUUUAAAUGGCAAAAUGAAAACGGUACCUUGGAACAAAUUGGUUGUAUGGCAGAAUAUGGUGGUCCGGCAUUCCCGUACGUUGUCCUGGGUGGUUUCCGAAAUGGAGAAAACGAGUCCGUUACUGACGAAUCGCUCUACAUGAACGCUACUGCUCUUAUUUUGACCUUUAUCGUCCAAAACAUUGCAGACAAAGACCAAUUAGGUCCGGCUAAAGACUGGGAAAAAAAGUUUUUGGAAUACAUGAAAUUCUGGAAGAAGAACAAGAUGCCAAAGUACAUGUCGGUGGCUUACAUGGCGGAGCGUUCCAUCGAAGACGAAUUAACGCGGGCCAGCCAGUCGGACGUCAUCACCAUCGCUAUCUCUUACUGUAUCAUGUUUGCGUAUAUUGCUAUCGCUCUUGGUCAAGCUAGAUCCUUUUCCAGACUUUUGGUUGACAGCAAGAUUACGCUGGGUAUCGCAGGUGUCAUCAUUGUGCUUCUGUCUGUCGUCGCCUCUAUCGGCUUUUACGGUUACGUUGGUGUGCCCGCCACACUGAUCAUUAUCGAAGUCAUCCCCUUCUUGGUGUUGGCCGUGGGUGUUGACAAUAUUUUCAUCCUGGUUCAAACGUACCAACGUGAACCCCGUCGCGCCAACGAGACGCACGAAGAGCAUAUUGGCCGAAUUGUCGGUGAAGUGGCACCUUCCAUGUUGCUCUCUUCGAUAUCCGAAGCCUUUUGCUUUUUCCUCGGUGCUUUAUCGGGAAUGCCCGCCGUGAAAGCGUUCGCCCUUUAUGCUGGCAUGGCCCUACUGCUUGCCUUUUUGCUCCAGAUGACUUGCUUUAUCGGAUUGUUCUCCCUCGAUACAGCUAGACAAGAGAGUAAUCGCUUGGACAUUUUCUGUUGCGUUCAAGUUGGUAAGAAGAACGAUCCAAAAGAUGCUGCGGCCGCCGAAGGAGCCCUCUACAAACUUUUCCAGCAUGCCUACGCUCCUUUCAUCUUGUCGAAACCUAUGCGAGCCAUUGUAAUGGUCGUUUUCUUUGGCUGGUUGUGCGCGUCGGUGGCUCUCACUCCCCGAGUUGAAGUCGGACUCGAUCAGGAACUUUCAAUGCCUGAAGACUCGUACAUGUUGGAUUACUUUAGCUAUCUUGCCAAGUAUCUGUCUGUUGGUGCUCCCGUUUACUUCGUCGUCAAGGAAAGCAAUUUCAACUACACGGAUCAGCUGGCGCAGAAAAAACUGUGCGGUGGUCGUGGCUGCGACGCCGACUCUCUCGUCACUCAAAUCUAUUUGGCUUCCAAGAACAAGAGUCGCUCAUACAUCGCCGCUACGCCCGCCUCUUGGAUCGAUGACUACCUUGAUUGGUUUAGAAUCUCAGAGUGUUGCAAAACUAAACUUGACGAACAUGGACAAUUCGAAUUCUGUCCCGCCUUCCAACCUGAUCCUUUCUUGGACUGCAACGAAUGCAACAAGACCUUCAUCGACGAGGAAAACCUUUGGCCCGAUCCAAAAACGAUUAAUUUUUGGUUGCCAUAUUUUUUAAAAGAUAACCCUUGUGAAAAUUGUCCAAAGGGUGGCCACGCAGCUUACGGACAGGCUAUGCAAUACGACAAUGUAACAGAGGUGGUUGGUGCCAAUUACUUUAUGACUUACCAUACAAUCCUCCGGACGUCUAAAGAUUUCUAUUCGUCCCUGAUUGAAGCCCGAGUCAUUGCCGACAGCAUUUCCGAAACGUUGUCGAAUAUUACCAACAGCAAUGUGGAGGUGUUCCCCUACAGUAUUUUCUACGUUUACUACGAGCAAUACUUGACCAUGUGGCGCGAUGUGCUGGUUAGUCUCAGCAUUUCGAUCGGUGCUAUCUUCGUGGUAACGUUCAUCCUUCUCGGUCUUGACAUCCACUCAUCCGUUGUUGUCCUCAUCACAAUCAUCAUGAUUCUGGUCGACCUGUUCGGCCUUAUGUACUUGUGGGACAUUACACUCAAUGCGGUGUCUCUCGUCAACCUUGUUAUGGCUGUCGGUAUUUCUGUCGAGUUCUGCAGUCACAUCGUCCGUGCCUUUGCCAUGUCAAUUGAACCUACUCGUAUCGCAAGAUCCAAGGAGUCUCUCGUCAGAAUGGGAAGCUCGGUUCUGUCUGGCAUCACGCUGACCAAAUUCGGAGGAAUAGUCGUCUUGGCAUUUGCCAAAUCACAGAUUUUCCAGGUCUUUUACUUCCGCAUGUACUUGGGUAUCGUCUUGAUUGGCGCCGCCCACGGUCUCAUCUUCUUGCCCGUUUUGCUGUCGUUCAUCGGACCCCCUCAAAAUAAGCUGAAGGCGUGGCAGCACAGCGUCUCCUUACAACGACGAACCGUUCACGUAACACUGAGCCAAGCUGAAACCGAGAAUAACGACCUGGCGUAAAUCGUCACAAGCUGUUUUUGAAAAAUUGUAAAUUGGGCAACGUGUCUCCGUCGCCGACGCAAAAUCUAAGUUAUCCGCAAUUUUCUGAUAUUCCGAACGAGUGACGUGAGGAUGAGCUCCACCGCCAUAACGACAGGGUUGUUGAUGUUCAUAGCGAGACUGAUGUGGCCAAGGCGUUGCAUCCACAUCCUCCCUCAUAAUCGUCGUUCGUUCCAGACUGUUAUUGAUGGAUGGAAUGUGAAUCUUGCUUUGAUCUCGAUAUCCGUUUCUGUCGCUUGUCUUAUCCUUAUCUACCCCCCCCCCCCCCCUCACGCUCCUCGUUCACGUCUCACCUCCCCCCAUACGUUGUUCUGUAUGUCACAUGUCUUCGUGCUUGUGGUGAUUAGUUGCUAUUGUAAUUUUCUUUUUCCUGGUCAUCACCUUAAAUGUAUACCGUGCCUCUCUUAUGUUCCAAGUGUGGACGGUAAAUGUCGCUCAACAAGAAAGUAUUCCUCCUCUU